GACAGGCUCAGGAAGGACAGGAGCAGCCACCCCUGAGAGCAGAGGCAACCAAGCAGCAGUACCUGUCUCCAGGCCUGCCUCCGCUACCAGGAAACAAUGCUCCUAGCGACGUUUAAGCUGUGUGCUGGGAGCUCCUACAGACAUGUGCGCAACAUGAAGGGCCUGAGGCACCAGGCGGUGCUGGCCCUUGGACAGGAGCUGAACCGGAGGGCCCUGGGGGGUCCAACCUCAGGGUCAUGGAUUAACCAGGUUCGACGUCGGAGCUCUCUUCUUGGUUCUCAGCUGGAAGACACUCUCUACAGUGACCAAGAUCUGGCCUAUAUCCAGCAGGGAGAGGAGGCCAUGCAGAGGGCGCUGGACAUCCUCAGCAACCAGGAGGGCUGGAAGAAGGAGAGCCGGCAGGAGAAUGGGGACGAGGUGCUGAGUAAAGUGAUCCCAGAUGUGGGCAAGGUGUUCCGGCUGGAGGUGGUGGUGGACCAGCCCAUGGAGAGGCUUUAUGAAGAGCUUGUGGAGCGCAUGGAGGCCAUGGGCGAGUGGAACCCCAGUGUCAAGAAGAUCAAGAUCCUGCAGAAGAUUGGAAAAGACACAGUCAUCACCCAUGAGUUGGCUGCAGAGGCGGCAGGCAACCUCGUGGGGCCCCGAGACUUUGUGAGUGUGCGCUGUACCAAGCGCCGGGGUUCCGUGUGUGUGCUGGCUGGCAUGGCCACAGACUUUGGAGAGAUGCCUGAGCAGAAGGGGGUCAUCAGAGCUGAGCACGGCCCCACCUGCAUGGUGCUCCACCCUCUGGCUGGAAGUCCCUCAAAGACCAAACUCACCUGGCUGCUCAGCAUUGACCUCAAGGGAUGGCUGCCGAAGACCAUUAUAAACCAGGUCCUAUCACAGACCCAGGUGGACUUUGCCAAUCACCUGCGAAAGCGCCUGGAGUCCCGCCCUGCUCUGGAAGCCAGGUGUUAAAGCUCAGCCCGCCACUGCCGAAGGCUUCUGGCUUGCAGGCUAAUGAAGAGAUUCCAGCUGGAAGCCUGCAAGACUGUUAAAGAACUUCAUCUGGGGACAGUGGGAUGUUGCAGUGGUGUGUGUCGAAUAUGAUACCAGAACUCAGAUGGUAACAUUUUAGUACCAAGAAAAUGGAGGCAAGGCUCUUCUAACUUCAUUCACUGAUUAACUAUAAAAUGAAGGUUAAGGGUCCCAAAAUAUUUGUAAAACUUUCUGCUGAGCCCUUUCGUGUCUACCUAAACAUCUUUAUAAUGCUGUCGGCUGACACAGGAUCAGAGGAUCAGGACGUCAUGCCUGAUGAGCUUAAGAGCUCCAUUCCCUUCGGGUGGCGUGUGCAGACACGGCAGGUCCUAUGCAAGGGUCGCCCGCCACCCUCUGCUCCUCCACCAGAUGGGUAAUCCACGUUAACUUGAGGAAGAAACACAAAACUAUUAGAGUGGUUCCAUUCUUCCAGAGCAGCAGUCAGAAUAAAAAAUCAUAACACAAACACUUCAGUCUGUACCAGUUUUAAAAUUCUACUAAAAUCCACUCUAGUAAAUCGCAACUUCAUACUAAAGGAGUCGUGGACGAAGAUUUUAAUUAAACUAAAUCCCCACCUUGUUCAAAGGAAAAACUGCUGGGGACUGUGGUCAUUUAAUUACAUAGAAUCUGUUAUCAGAAUCUUCCGUAAAAUCUAAUUUGCACAAGCCCAAAUCUGUUCUUAAAAGAACUCUAUGGCUGGUAGCUGAUUAAUGGGCACUGGAAGAUGAAGAUUAUGACUAAAGAUUUUUACUUACCUAAUUAAAAGGACAGAAUCAAAAGGGAGUGACUGAAUGGUAUUAACUAAGAUAAAGUUAAACAAAAGUAAAUUUUAUUACUUUCCCAUUAGUGAUUGUUUAGAUGCAAAAGGAACUGAAUUUUUAGUUCAGUCAAUUAUAUCACCUCAGGACCACUCAGGCCUGCCGAUUUCUCUGCUUCAACAGAUCAAUGUUUUACUAUUUUGGAAGAGACGGAUGGAAGGGAUAGUUGGGGGUAACAGCAAAAUCCCUGUCCAAGAUUUUCAGAUUCAGAGAACUUAAGCUUUAAAAAUAUAAGUUGAGAUGUGGCUAAAAUGUAUACAUAGGAUGAAAACCUGACCAUUAUCAUUGGAGGCUUUUCCACUCUAGGGCGAUUUACACCAUUUGGAAUUAAAGCUCUAGCUUAUUUAUUAAAAAUUAGCAAUAGCAGGAAUGUGGGUAUUUAUUGAGGUUACCGAUUUAUUAUUAUUUAUUCAGAUUACUUCUUAGUAGUCUAUUUUUUGCAUAGAUGAAAUCAUGUUCAUCCAGCCAGGAGCUUCAGAGUGAGACGGGGUAAUUGUAGAAAUAUUUCUAGAACAGAAUUACCAUCUACUCCCAGCUAAGAGAAAAUGGGUACUUGUUGAAAGAUGUGUGCAGCAACAUCCACUCUGGUUUCAAGAGAACAGGCUGACAAGAAAGAUACGGGUUUUCAACACACACCAUGGUUUUGAGUUUGAUUAUAAUUUGUCUUUUUCAAACUCUGCAACUUGUGCCUUUG